GCUGCUCUUCCGCUUGCUCAGUAUCUGACUGACAUUGCUGAACGUGUGUCUCGCAGUCUGCUGCUAUAUAAGCUGUCUGAUCUGCAGGGAAUCAUGUCCGUGUCACCGGAUAAACGGCGGAAGAUGGAAUCUGCGCUCGAGCAGCUGAAGCGAUACACAGUGCUCGUGGCUGACACAGGCGACUUUAAUGCCAUUGAAGAGUACAAACCCCAGGAUGCCACAACCAAUCCUUCACUUAUUUUAGCUGCAGCUAAAAUGUCUGCCUACCACCACCUUGUGGACCAGGCCAUAAAAUACGGCAUGGCCAAUGGAGGGACUGAGGAAGAGCAGGUUACAAAUACAAUGGACAAGCUGUUUGUGAACUUUGGUGUAGAAAUUCUGAAGAAGAUUCCUGGCAGGGUUUCCACUGAGGUCGAUGCAAGGUUAUCAUUUGAUAAAGAUGAGAUGGUGUCUCGUGCCAGGAAGCUCAUCGCGCUCUAUGAAGAGGCUGGUAUCAGUAAAGAGCGCAUACUCAUCAAACUCUCCUCCACAUGGGAAGGCAUUCAGGCUGGACGGGAGCUGGAGGAGAAGCAUGGCAUCCAUUGCAACAUGACUCUGCUGUUUUCGUUCGCUCAGGCAGUUGCGUGCGCUGAGGCAAAUGUCACCCUCAUCUCUCCAUUUGUGGGCCGUAUCUUGGACUGGUACAAGGAAAAUACUGACCGUAAAAACUAUGAACCCCAGGAGGAUCCAGGUGUGUUAAGUGUGACCAAGAUCUACAAUUACUAUAAGAAGUUUGGCCACAGCACAGUGGUGAUGGGCGCCUCCUUCAGGAACACAGGGGAAGUGAAAGCACUGGCCGGCUGUGAUCUGCUCACUGUAUCCCCUGGUCUGCUUGGAGAACUCAGUCAGGACCACAGUGUAGUCACAUGUGCUCUUACGCCACAGCAAGCGAAGGACUGUGAUUUGGAGCAGGUGCACCUCGAUGAGAAGAAGUUCCGCUGGCUGCACAAUGAGGACCGCAUGGCUGUGGAGAAACUCUCUGAUGGGAUACGCAAAUUUGCAGCUGAUGCCAUCAAACUUGAGACCAUGAUCAAGGAACGAAUGUCUGAUGUGAAGAAUGGACAGUAGUGUAGAAGAGUGGCUCAUUGGAGGACCAAACUUUUGCUGAACUCUGAUUGGCUGUUUUAAGCUUUGACUGUCAGUCUGUGGUUCUAACAUUGACACUCAUACAGUGUGCUGUAUUUGUAAGCCAUUCACAUUUUAAUGUAAAUCUCAACCUUUGCUAUAAAAGAGAGCUUUGACGAAACUAACAGCAGACCUGCACAUACUCUGUGAUUUAAUAAUGGACCAGAGGCCUUAAUGUUGCCUAUAGCUUUACUAGUUUAUAAUCCAGUAGCACUGCUCUUUUGUAAUACAGUGAUGUAAGAAAGUGUUUCGGUAUUAAACCCGCAUUCUUUGAUGAUAAAAACUGUUGCUCUUGUUUCAAAUAAUAAAAAAAAUCUUUCCCUAA